UCCAUCGUGGAUUAAUCAAGACUUUUCCGAUUUGGAAAUUUUUUUACUUCAAAGUGCGUGUGUUGUGACUGGAAUACCUUUAAUCGUGGGUGGAAUGAUAAGCAGGCGAAAGAUCCUGUCCCGUUCUAGGGACGAAUUAAAUGUGGAUCUGGGCCUCGAAGAAGACGAAGAUGCUUGGUUUACAAAAGAGAGACUUUAUAGGGACCACAUCGCCGAGGUGCUAAACAAGUGGGAUCAGAUCGACGACGAGAUCUGGGCCAAGAUCAUCUGCAUGGAACGGAACAGGAGGGUGGCCAAGGCCUACGCCCGCACACCCGUCCUCACGGUCAACGGAUCUGCGGAUGGAUUCGACGGAUACAAGAUCGGCUUGAAUGGCUUCGAAAAUCCAAUGAGGGAUCCCAAAACAGAAGAAGCAAAACGACACAUAGGACACGGCGUGAAGAUCAAGAUGGACGACGCAGGAAACAUCAUCAUCAAGCGGGCCAGCAAGAGUCCCGUGUUUGUGAAGGACGUGGCCGAGGGGGGCCCGGAUGAGAGCUGCCUCUCCUCGGACAUACAGAGGCAGCACGGACAGCUGGAGCUCGAGAAACCAGUCAAGUUGUUCGACAUGAAGCGCUUCCAGGCGCAGGUGGGGCGCGAGCUGCGCCGCGCCUAUCCGGACCGCCGGAAACUGGAGACCAGGUGCCUGAUCGCCGUGGCCUUUGCCAGGGACGCGCGUGAGGUCCUGGACCUGCCCUGCUGGCUCAUCGUCAUCAACAUCGUCGCUCUCGACAUGCUCAAGUCCAAGCUACCGCCAGCGGUACUAUCCAAAAGAACCAGUGCCCCCCAUCUGGCAAGUCUGUUUGAACGAGGGCCGAUGCGAAAGGAUCGCUCCAUUGCCGAGGAGGACCCCUACAGCCUUCCAGGAGGCCCCAACAACAGAACUUCGUCUUCUAUAUAUGGAAUGCUCGGAGACCCAAGCAAGCCGCCCAAAUUGCCUCCCCGGGACAUUCCUAGAGUACCCGUCCCUACACCUGAUUAUGAAGAUAAAGAAGAUUCACGUUUCGACUUUCCCAAGUCCAAAAAUAACAAAAACAAUCAAAGUAAUGGACAUUCCAGGAACACUAGCAUAUACGAUGAUCCUUACUAUUGCGGGCUGAGCGCCCGGGUUCCUAAAUUUGGUCGCAAGCCACCGCCCCAAGGAAUGUUGCCUGGGCUGCAUGCGCCCCUCAGGAAGGCCCACAGCGGAAGCUACCUCAGCCUCAUACGCCCCUCCUACGAUUCUGGACUCGAAUCUGAUGGCCAUACAGGUUCGAGUGAAGAUGAUUAUUCACGAAUCUACGGUCGCCUGCGGACGUCUCCUGCCCACUAUGGAUACUACCAGCGCAAAGAACUUUACGCCAGUAAAUGGCAGUAA